UCACUUGAAUGCUAUAAUUCAAGAUGGCGGCUGCCACAAAAUGGUGGACGUUGGUUGCCGCGUUUAUUUUGUCGCUUUGUGUGAAUAAAGCUACUCCUUCUGCUGAGAUUAUGAAGAAAUUGACUACUGGCUUUGCCACGGCGCUGGAUAAGUGUAAGACCGAGUUAAACGUCCAAGAAAACGUAAUGCAAGAUUUCUACAACUUCUGGCGUGAAGACUACGAGCUACUAAACCGUGACACGGGCUGCGUCAUUCUCUGUAUGGCCUUGAAGUUCGACCUCAUUGAUGAGGAUGCCAAGCUGCAUCAUAAGAACGCGCAUGAGUUCGCUAAGACUCAUGGAGCAGAUGAUGACCUCGCAAAACAGCUAGUAACCAUGAUCCACGAGUGCGAGAAAGUUAAUACCGAACCCGACGACUGUAUCAAGACUUUGGACAUCGCCAAGUGCUUCAGAACCAAGAUCCAUGGGCUCAAGUGGGCGCCCAGCAUGGAAACGGUGCUGGAAGAGGUGAUGACUGAAGUCAAGCCGUCGUAGUUGCGAUUGUAGAUGGACCUUAAUCUCGUUCAUUCCUAUUCCU